AUGGAAAAAAUAGCGAUUCCUACACAGUUGGAGCUUCCAUGGGUGGAGAAGUACCGUCCCCAGGUGCUCAAGGACAUCGUCGGAAACGAAGAGACUAUCGAGGCUCUGGAACGAAUUGCCGAAGAAGGAAACAUGCCUCAUUUGAUUAUUUCGGGGCUCCCUGGUAUUGGAAAAACAACUUCCGUUUUAUGUCUUGCAAGACAGCUACUUGGAGAUAGCUACAACGAUGCCGUUCUAGAACUCAACGCCAGUGAUGAUCGUGGAAUCGAUGUGGUGCGGAAUAAAAUCAAGUCAUUCGCCCAGAAAAAGGUGAACCUUGGUCCCGGAAGGACGAAGAUUAUCAUUCUAGAUGAAGCCGAUUCAAUGACGCCGGGUGCGCAACAGGCAUUAAGGCGUACUAUGGAGAUUUUUUCAAAUACUACGCGAUUUGCGUUUGCCUGUAAUCAGAGCAACAAGAUCAUUGAACCCUUGCAAUCAAGAUGUGCAAUUUUGCGCUAUAACAAGCUCUAUGAUGAGCAGGUGCUCAAAAGACUGCUUGAGAUCAUUGCGUUGGAGAAGAUCGAAUACACGAAUGAUGGACUAGAAGCGUUGAUUUUCACUGCCGAGGGUGACAUGCGUCAAGCCAUCAACAACUUACAAUCUACGGUGGCUGGUUUUACGUUGGUUAAUGCAGAGAACGUGUUCAAGAUUGUGGAUUCGCCCCACCCCCUAGUAGUGAAAAAAAUGCUUGCCAAAGCAGUGGCAGGCGACAUCGAGGGAUCUCUCGAUCUUCUUGACGGACUUUGGAAGAAGGGUUACAGUGCUGUCGAUAUAGUGUCCACAAGUUUCCGUGUUCUAAAAACCAUGGACGAAAUUGCAGAGCCGAAGAGACUGGAAGUGAUGAAAGUGGUGGGAUUCACGCAUAUGCGUGUUCUUGAGGGAGUGGGCUCGUAUCUCCAGUUGGGGUCGAUGUUAUCCAAGGUGUGCAAAUUUGCUUGA